CAAUAACAGAAACAUUUACAAAGAAGACUAACCAGAGAGCGAGUACUGUGAAAAUCUAAGUGUUGUACAGGGAUUUGCGGAAAGUUUGUGAGCUGAAAUCUAAGUCAUUCGGAUUGUGGAACCGGCCGGAGGUGUUUCCCCUUUCAAAUUCUGCCAUAAGUUAUAAUAAGGAAUAAAUUAGCAGGAGUUCUUGAUUUUUAGCAAGAUCUUCAAAAAAUGUAUCCUCAGUAUGAUACCUGUUCUGAUCAGAGAAGCCAAAUGCCUUACACUCAUCGCUAUCCAACUUUUUUCAUCCCACCUCAAAUGAGUGUGAAUCCAGUGAGUCACACUCAUUCAGCUUAUGAGCCAUGGUCUUAUGGAGGAAAUUAUGGCUAUCGGAUUCCAGACAGCCAUAACUACUUCCCUCCAUACCAUUGUUCAGGAUAUCCACAUCCUUAUCACCCACCGCCACCAUUACCCUAUUUCCACGAUGCUUGUUGCCCUUCGUUCUCCAGGAUUCAUCAUCCAGUUCACUAUGCACAUCCUCCAAACUACUCAAUGGAGCUACCUAUAUAUGAUUAUGACAAGAAACCACACAGGCGGUGCCCAUAUCAUCCAUGCAGUUGGGGAGGAGAUACAAUGGAGAAGGAGCCAGAUGCUGAAAAGACAACUAAUUCCUUGUCAUCUGCCCAGUCCAAAAACCUUCCCUACCCAAUUGUUUGGAUUCCUACUGAAGAAAUGAACAAAGCAAAGCAAAUGCAUGGUGGGUUUCCUGAACCAGAACCUAAUAGACGAAACCAUGAUGAGAGUAUGAACUCUUCCAACCAGCCAUGUGAUCCCAUCAAGCUUGAAAAGGGGGAAAAAGUUGAAAACCAGUUCCCGUUUCCAAUAAUAUGGGUUCCUUACAAACAGGAGGAAACAGGAAAGAAAGAUCACACUGAAGGGAAAACUACUCCCACUCUCAUGAUGACUGGUCAUGAAGAAGGUAGCCCGUUUAAAGAAAGUGUCCACAACAAUGUGGACCAGGCAACGACAAUGGUGGGAAAGAAUGAUCCCAAUCGUUGCAAGAUAAUACCCGUAAAGCAAUUGGAUGAAAUGGUAGAUAAUAACAAUACCAUUUCAAAAGAAGCGGAAAAGGAGCUAGCAAAGAACAAUCCUGAGGGUGGAAGUAGUACUAAAAGACAGACUUCACCACUGUCAAAAACUUGUAAACUUCCUCCAGUUUGUUUGAGAGUUGAACCCUUUCCGAAAAGGAAGAAUGGAAGUGGGAAGUCACGUUCUUUAAGUCCACCCAAGAAAGGGAGACACGAGGAAUUUGUUGGCGAGAGUUGUGCAAAGAUGGAGUUGAAAGAGGAAAACAAACUUCUUCAGGUGGCGGAUGAACAUACAGAUCCAAAAACCAAAGAAGUUGGUAAUUCUGAAGGAAUGGACUCAAAAGAGGUCUCACAGGAGAAUGUGACGAGAAAGAAGUUGUUGACAGAGGCGGAGGCAGCUGUUCUCAUUCAAGCGGCGUACAGAGGAUAUGAAGUUAGAAAAUGGGAACCGAUAAAGAAACUGAAAGAAAUAGGUAAAGUGAGGGACGAGUUGGAUGGGGUGAAAAGUCGUUUUAAGGCAUCUUCUUCCUCCUUAGAAGAGAAGGAGAGAAGCUUAAUUGGAGAAAUGAUAAUGAACCUCCUUCUAAAGCUGGACACAAUUCAGGGUCUUCAUCCAGUAGCAAGAGAUAUGAGGAAGUGGACAGCGAAGGAGCUUGUGAAGCUUCAGGAAGAAGUGGAUUGUGCUGUGAAGAAAGGAGAUGUUAAUAAAUCUCUGGAAAUAGAAAGUAGUGCAGAAACUGAAGAGAUGAAGAAGCAUGAUGAUGAAGAAGAGGUUAAUAAAUCUCUGGAAAUGGAAAGUAGUGCAGCAACUGAAGUGAUGAAGAAGCAUGAUGAUGAAGAAGAGGUUAAUAAAUCUCUGGAAUUGGAAAGUGGUUCUUCAACUGAAGAAAUGAAGAAGCAUGAUGAUGAAGAAGAGGUUAAUAAAUCUCUGGAAUUGGAAAGUGGUUCUUCAACUGAAGAAAUGAAGAAGCAUGAUGAUGAAGAAGAGGUUAAUAAAUCUCUGGAAAUGGAAAGUAGUGCAGCAACUGAAGUGAUGAAGAAGCAUGAUGAUGAAGAGGUUAAUAAAUCUCUGGAAUUGGAAAGUGGUUCUUCAACUGAAGAAAUGAAGAAGCAUGAUGAUGAAGAAGAGGUUAAUAAAUCUCUGGAAUUGGAAAGUAGUUCUUCAACUGAAGAGAUGAAGAAGCAUGAUGAAGAAGAAGAGGAGGAAGUAAAGGUAUGUGAUGGGGAUGUUGAAGCAAAUAGGAAAGGAGAAGAUGUUAAUAAUUCUCUGGAAAUGGAGAGUAGUGCUUCAACUGAAGAGAUGAAGAAGCAUGAUGAUGAAGAAGAGGAGGAAGUAAAGGUAAGUGAAGGGGAUGUUGAAGCAAAUAAGAAAGGAGAAGAUGUUAAUAAUUCUCUGGAAAUGGAGAGUAGUGCAGCAACUGAAGAGAUGAAGAAGCAUGACGAUGAAGAAGGGGAGAAAGUAAAGGUAUGUGAUGGGGAUGUUGAAGCAAAUAAGAAAGAGGAGGAUAAUGGUGGUACAACUGCUGGUGAAGACAAUAAAACUACUAGUUCAUUUGAGUUAAAAGAGGAGAAAUGUGUGGAUAUGAAAAUGGAUGAAAUGAUGGAAAAGUUGGUGGAGAAAGGGAAAGAGCAGCUGGAGGAAAUAAGGGAGCUGUCUGAGAGAGUUAAAAUGCUGGAGAAGAAGCUUGCAGCAACAACAAGCAAGAAAAGGAAAGGUGGAGGCAGAUCUAAAACCAGAACCAGACAUUGAAAGAUGAAGAUGAUGAGCUAGCCAGAAUGAUUGAGUUUUAGUGUAUGAGAUCUGAUUGUGUUGUUUGUUGUUCUUGGUUCAGUUCUUGUUCCAUGUUGUUAUUAUGAAGUUUGAUAAUGGUAAUAAAUUAAUAUUAAGUUUGGUGUC